AUGGAGCGCGAGUACGAAUUCUUUGUAACUACGGAUAAGCCAUAUAACCCAGCUGGUGCAGAACGAUGCAUGAUCCGCCGGCUGGUGAUGCGCAAUCACUUCGAUAUGAAGAUGGCUGGACCGCAGAUCAACCCGUCUCAACACUCUUCGAUCAGCACGGCCAUGGCGAAGAAGAAGCUAAAGAACCGAUUCCGGAUAUCCGAACCUCGGAUCAAGAAAAAGAAGUUCAAGAACAGAGAGAAGGAAGAUGCACGGAGAGCGAGAGAACAGGGCGCAGCAAGGCCGAAAGAUCUGAGAGAUAGGUCGGGACCGAUAACAUCUUCGAAGGCUGGGGAAGAUGGCAAAGACAAGAGAAACAACAUGGAUGAAACACUGGAAGCAAGGCCAGUGCUGAAUUGCGGCUUGGUUGAUGAUCGGAUAGAUCCUUUCAAGGCUUCACUCAUCCCUGGAACUCCAGAGCUGGGUGCGCUGUUCCAAUUGUACAAGAGUACACCCAAGAACAAUGCAGUCGCCAUCGAUGCCCAUCACACGUGGAAGUCACUCAUCUUGAAUGAUGCUGGCUUACUGCACGCGACUCUCGCAAGCUGGGCACUAUACGGCAUGCUGGCCAAUGAACCCGCUGACUUGAGAGUGUGCAAUCUAAAGCACAAGAAUGAAGCAAUCAAGGCCGUCAACUGCAAGCUUGCGACGUCUGGGGGAUAUAUAUCUGAUGAGGUGGUGGGCACUGUGUUGACUUUGGCAAAUCUCGAGAAUCUUCUUGGAGACUAUGAGGCGGCUCAGCUUCACGUCACAGCACUGAAACGUAUGGUGAAAGCGCGAGGUGGACUGUUUGCCUUUGGACACAAUGAUGGCUUGCUACGUGGCAUCAUAUGGAUGGACUUUCACACCGCAGCAGUCUUUCGUGCGCAUCCAUCUUUCCCGCAUAUUAGUCUGGACCCGGAUACGCCUCCUUUGCCAGACGAGCUCAUAGAAGAAGCAGCACAAACGUCGCCCACGUCACUGCUCCACCUUUCUUGCGGCGCAGUCGACUGCUUCAAGAUAUUCUAUCAACUCCAUCGACUCGCGCUAGCAGUAUCGUCGCACUGGGUUGGCCGUGUGGAGCGCCUCACUCUCAGCAAUCUCCUCUACGAAACGCAGUUCAUGAUUCUCUCAGUACCUGAUCACUCACACAACUUCUUGCACUUUGACCAGAGCAUACAUGACAAACAAAGCGACUGCUACGAUCAUCUCAAGGCUAAAGCGGAUGCAGCGAGUGUGGUUGAGGCCCUACUUGCAGCAGCCCUCAUCUUCGUGUACGCAGUACUUCGUGCCUUACCACUGAACACGAAGAUCUUCACCAUCCUUCUUUCUCGGUUACGUGCCGCUUUGGAUCGACCAAAUGCAUCAGUGCUGGAUACAUGGGAACGAGAGAAGAAUCUCAACACCUUGCUUUGGGUUCUGGUCGUUGCGAGGUGUGUUGCUACAGGCGAAGAGCGCAUGUGGUGGAUCGCGCAGCUAUCAGAACUGUGUGGAAAGAGGCAGAUUAGAAGUAGACAGCAUCUUGAGCAUGAAAUGCGGCAUGUCGCAUGGACGGAUACGUUUUUCGGAGAUUGGAUGGAUGCUACCUGGGCAGAGGUGAUGCGGCUGCGAGGACUGGCGCUUUGCAGAGGGCCGCUGGCGGGGUUUCAUGCGACCACUGUGGAGCAUUCAUUGUUCGAUGGAUGA